GUAAUCCUCGCGGAGGACCACAAAGCGUGUGAAGGUGGCACCGAGCGCAAACGCCAAGUGUAAAGUGGGGGAAAAAUGAACGCGCUUCAAAAGGACGUGGCGCUGGUCGACGGAAAUGCCAAGCUCUAGGCAAAACCGGGCUCAAAAGCAGAUCCCAACGAGCCCGGUUUCGCUCGGUCAAGCGAACGUGAGCUCGAUAAUUCAUGACCGGAACCAAUAUUGGCAGCAAGGGCGGCGAAAUCAAGCGAGCCAUUUGAAGAAAGAGAGAGAGAGAGAGAGAGAAGAGAAAGUGGAAAAAAGACACAAACUAAGCCCGUGUGAAUUUUCUCCCGUCAAGCAGCAACGAAGCAGUGUGGAGUUAAAUAAAAAAGGGAGCAAAAUAAGAUAUCGUUACAGAGGAGUGGAUACGAUUUUGCGCCAGCCAGCGAAAUGUGGCCAUAAACGGAAGUGAGUGCGCACCGGAGCGUGUGUAUUUAUGCGCGCGUGUGCGCGAGUGAGCCGUGUGACCAACCCAAGCGUAAUAUUAAUCAAAACAUAACAAUGAGCUCUCUGGAAUUGGGAGAAUUUGUAAUAAAUGUCACCGAUGGGUCGUCCGGGAGUGGUGCUGGUGCAGGUGACGAUACCGGUGGCAACGGUGACAACAUCUCGGCCACAGCAACCGCACACCUGCUGUACUGUGGCAAGGCGUUGGAUGACUUCCACACCAGCUACGCGAAAGUUCACGGCAUCGUCUGUCUGCUGGUGUGCAUCUUCGGUAGCAUCGCCAACACGCUCAACAUCGUGGUGCUAACGAGGCGUGAAAUGCGAUCACCAACGAACGCGAUCCUGACCGGACUCGCCAUCGCUGACCUGCUCGUCAUGCUCGACUACAUGCCGUACGCGAUCAACUCGAUCCCUUACCUGCGGCUGUCACGUGAAGAACGUCUCACGUAUGGUUGGGCCUGGUACAUCAUGUUCCACUCGAUCUUCGCCCAGAUUUGUCACACGAUCUCGAUUUGGCUUACGGUUACGCUGGCAAUCUGGCGGUACAUCGCCGUAGCUUAUCCCCAACGCAACCGUCAGUGGUGUGAUAUUUCCAAGACGCUGGCUGCCAUCUUCAGCUCGUACGUCGUGUGUCCUUUUUUGGCGGUCCCGAUCUACCUCUCUUUCAGCAUCCAGUCCAACGUGGAGCUGCUGGGCUGUGAUGGCAACUCGCUGGCUCCCGAGGCUGCAGGUAACGCGAGCCAGGGACGCAAUGUCACGUUGUACCGGUUGGGAACCUCACAGCUGGUUCGCGAUAACCCAGCGCUGCUUAACAUCAACUUUUGGAUCUACAGUGUCGUGUUCAAGCUGAUCCCAUGCAUCGCGCUCACGAUCCUUAGUCUGCGGUUGAUCGGGGCGCUUUUGGAGGCUAAACAACGUCGCAGUCAGCUCACCGGAACGGCCACCGGCAUGAAGCAGAUCGUCGAUGGACGCGUUGUUGACGCCAAGGGUGGCAGACAAACCGACAAAGAGAAACAAACCGACCGGACGACGCGAAUGCUGCUGGCCGUGCUGUUGCUGUUCCUUAUCACCGAGUUCCCACAAGGCAUCCUUGGGCUGCUGAAUGCCGUGCUCAAGAAGGAUUUUUUCUUCAACUGCUACCUCAAGCUAGGCGACGUCAUGGAUGUGCUGGCGUUGGUCAAUUCGGCAAUAAACUUUAUCCUCUACUGCUCGAUGAGUCGCCAGUUCCGCAGCACCUUCAACGAUCUGUUCCGGCCACGUAUCCUGGACCGCUGGAUGGCCGUGCCACAAGGUGAAGACGAACAGAUGGGCCGCGGACAGAUCCAGGAGGGCGCAACGACACAGAUAACGCAGAUAUAGCGCCCACAGGGACGUCCUAGAAGCCAUUGUCACGGUUGCUUCGGGCAGUUUGCAAACGCGCUGGCAGGUGUGCUAAUUAGCAAUCGGCAAACAACGAGCCGCGACGACUGUGCAAUGCUCUAGCGACGUCCCACGACGUUUCUGUCUCAGGCACCCAACUCGACCCAGCGGAGGACCGUUUGCUUCGUUUCGUGUUCCAUUCGAACACCAGUAGCUGACGCAAACUCCCAAAUUCGCAGUUCAUCUCACGGCAAAUCUAACAUUCGACGACGAACCGACAGUGAAAGCGGUCUGUCCCGGAUCAGCUCAAGAAUGAGGCAUAAUUGACAAAAUUCAAAUUCGUUCAGCUUUAGGCCGCAAUUUAGCGAACGGUCACACGCCGAGUAUCACAUACACACCGGGCACAAACGAAACAGAGGCAACGAAAGAAAUGGUGUUUCUUGCAAUGUGUGUGGCUUUUUGUUGCAACCGCGGAGAAAAAUAUCUAAUCGAAUGGCGCGCUAUUGUAGCCUAACUAAGGGCCAGUUGUAGUCAAACUAUCCCUUACAGAGAGAGACAAAUAAAGUGAUUGGCAAAGUCGGAUUCGCGGUCGUACAGAGCCGGCUCAGUUCAGGGCUUUGCCGCUUAGGUAAUUACGUUUAAACAACGCCACGGUCAACACUCUUGCAGUGAAGCCUGCUGCAUGUCGUUUAUUAUAUUCUAAAAAAGCAAAUGUUGUACAAGAAAAAAAACACAUACACCUUCUGAUCAGCGAUGUUUGUAUUUUUAAGCUUUCGAGUAAUGGCUCCAGGUUGCGUUCCUCUCUGUCAGCACGCGAGUGUUGCGAGUCUUAUACGCGCAACGCACAGCGAAAAGGGUCUCGAUGAGGGUAGGGAAUAUUUCUUAACGCUUGUUGUCGAGUGAGUGCGGCUCUAGCUCUAGCUAACUAACAAUAAGUAGAGUUCAGAUACAUGUUUUAUAUUUUUACGUUACUGUACUCGUGAAUCACAAACAAAAAAUGUUGCGUUGAUGCAUAAUAAAAGCCUUUGGGAAAAAAG